CUGAAAAUGUCUCAGAAUCCUGACAAGCCAGAUUCAAGUGAAGAAAAGUUGGGUGCUUUGGAGGAUGGUCAAGAGGAGAGCUUGGACAACCCGGAUCGGUCUAUCAGAAGAAGAAUACGACAGAGUGCUGCAGGGUCACACAGAGAUGAUACACCAAAAUCUAGUCCUCCUCGGCCUGUGUCAAUAGAAGAGCUCAUAGAAACAGCUAAGGGAGUAACCAACAUGGCAUUAGCACACGAAAUUGUUGUUAAUGGAGACUUCCAGAUAAAACCAGCUGAGUUACCAGAACACAGCUUAGAAAAAAAAGUAAGAGAUAUUGUGCAUAAAGCUUUCUGGGAUUGUCUGGAAGCUCAGCUAAAGGAAGAUCCACCGACAUACGACCAUGCAAUUAAACUACUGGGAGAAAUUAAAGAGAAUCUCCUGUCUUUCUUGUUGCCUGGUCAUACCAGACUGAGAAGCCAAAUUACGGAAGUUCUUGACCUGGAUUUGAUAAAACAGGAGGCAGAGAACGGGGCCCUUGACAUUUCUAAAUUGGUCGGAUUUGUUAUUGGGAUGAUGGGGACUCUCUGUGCUCCAGCUCGAGAUGAAGAAAUUAAGAAACUGAAAGAUAUUCAUGAAAUAGUUCCUCUGUUCAGAGCCAUUUUCUCUGUAUUAGACCUAAUGAAAAUGGAUAUGGCAAACUUCGCUGUCAGUAGUAUUAGGCCAAAAUUAAUGCAGCAGUCUGCUGAAUAUGAAAGAAGGAAGUUUCAGGAGUUUCUUGAGAAACAGCCAAAUUCUUUAGACCUUGUCACAAGGUGGUUGCAAGAAGCAGCAGACGAUCUUGCCAAGCUGAGAGGUGAAAUGUUGCCUUCCCAUUGUAGGGAUGGUGCCACUGGUGGAGCUCCCGCCUUGUGCCCCACUGCUGUACAAAAUCAGGCCUAUCUGAAGCUCCUAAAGUGGGAUCAUGUAAACAGGCCUUUUCCAGAAACAGUGCUGAUGGACCAGAUCCGCUUUCAGGAAAUUCAGCUGGAGCUGGAGCAACUCCUCGUGACGGGGACAGUCCUUCUGGUCACGUUCAGUGCAGCAGGCCCGGCGCUCGUCGAUAUGCCCGGAUUUGCUGAGAAAAUCAAAACCAUUGUCAAGGUGCUGCUGACAGGAAUGCAUCUUCCGUCCUUCAACCUGAAGGAAUCUUUAGCUACCAUCGGUGAAAAGGUGUGUGCUGAAGUGAACAGCUGCCUUUCCCAGCACGGGUUUACACCUUUCUCAGCUGAGAGAGAGACUGUACUGAAAGGACAAAUCCAAGCAGUGGCCAAUCCGGAUAACACCAUAUGCAAGCUCAUAGAUUCUCGAAUUCAAAAGUUUCUGGAGAAUUAUCUUGCAUCUAGUCACCAGAAAUCAUUGCCUGCUAUUCCUGGAGGAUUAGGCCCUAUCCAAAGAGAGCUGGAAGAGAUUGCUGUCAAGUACGUUCGUCUUGUCAACUACAACAAAAUGGUCUUCAGCCCUUACUAUGAUGCAGUCCUUGGCAAAAUACUGAUUAAGGAAGAAUCACAACUUGUAAUCAGAAGAAUCAUAAAACCAGUUUGUGUGGUACCAAUAUGGUAUUAA